AUGGAUCAGACCAUUAAAACCCCGUCUGUUCCUAGACCCGUCGCUCCUAAUACCAUUGGAUUCCUCAAACUACCCAUUGAAAUACGAUUCAAAAUCUGGGAACUCGUUGCCAAUCAACCACGCAACCUUGACAUUUGGUACCGACGUCUUGGACAUUUUGAAGAGGAACGAAGGCGGUUCGCCUGUCAGGUUAAUCGCUGGGUAACUCUUAGUGCUAUACCCUCAAUCCUGCAUGUAUCUCGAGAAUCUCGUACCAUCGGCCUUAAAUUCUAUCAAUUGGAUUUCGGAAUCAACAUUCCAACAUAUUAUGGAAUGAACAUUAUCAGUGAGCCGCGAAUAUAUGUCAAUUGGGAUACAGACAGAAUUGUUGCCGCGCAGACAAAUCAGCAUGGAUAUGGUGCCUUCAGCAACAUGAUUAAUUCAGAUGAACGUCUAUGUGGCACCAAGUUGCAUAAAGUUGCCGUUCGUUCUGAUCAUUAUGACCCGGGAUUAUCAAAAUCUCUGGGGCGUCGUUUCAAUGAAAUACUCAUUUAUUACGAGCCUUUUGUGUCCUAUGAUAGACUGAAAUCGAGGAAUUUAACGAUUGAAUUUGAGCCUAUUACUGGUGUUGAUUUAAUUUGUAAUAAGGAGAAAGAGGCAUUGGAUGCACAUGUUGCAGAUAUUGAGAAGGAUGAAAGACGGUGGGACGAAGAAGUUACACGAGCGUUGGCAGAAGGUAAGCCGGUCCCUGAGAGACUUAAAAAUCAUAUCGUUGGUUCUUGGAAAAAGCCGGCAGUGAAAGUGGGGAAUAUAGUAAUAUAUGGAAGGACGAGUGAUGGUGGUAGCGAAAAUGAGAUAUGGACUUGGAAAGGCUGGACUCCAUUGAGUUCAGUUGAUACUGCCACAAAAUAG